GUUUAUUUAUAAUGGAUAUAACUUCAGAAAAAGAAAUUUUAGGUAAUGAUGACAAUAAUUUAGAACCUAAAGUAGAAAUUGAAGAAAUUGAAAUUAAAACAAUUGGUAGCGAUAACAGUGAUAAUAUUCACACUAGCGAUGUUAGAAGUAUUACUAGCAAGAACUUUUAUGAAGAGCCAUUAAAAUUCAACACAGAAAAUACAAAUACUGUUGAAUUAUUAACAUAUAAUUACAAAGAUAAUGGAACAAAAGACGUUGUUAGCCCAACUCAAUGUAUUCCACAUAAUGGAAAACUUGUAAAAAACGUAAUUUGUUCGCCAAAUUUAAAAUAUAUUGCAACCUUUAGUGAAGAUGAUAAUUCAAUCGUUGGAUGGUUACAUUUGGAAAAUAAUGGAACAUUAGAGCCGGAAACAUUUUAUGAUGGGUCACAACGAAAUGAUCUUAUAGCUUGUAUUGAAACAUUAUCUGAUGAAAAAUAUAUUGUUUUUGAAUCUAAUCAAAGUCAAUCUAAUAUUGCUAAUGAAUAUUCAAAUAAUAAAUUUAUCAAGUUAUUGAACAAUCAAAAAAACCCAUUUAAUUUCGAACGUCCAACAUUUUUGACAAAUGGUGAUCUGUUUGUAAUUUCAUAUGAGAAUGAUCAAAUUUAUUUAUUUUCAUUAGAUCCAAAUGAAGAAGUCAUAACAUGUAAAGCAGCAUACAAUAUAAGUUUACCGAAAUUAACAGCUUCUGAUAAUGUUGCAAAAUAUUUCAUCAUCUCAAAUUCAUAUUUAUUGAUCAACAAUGGCGAUACAAUGGCUUCGCAAUGGGAUUUAACAAAGAUGGAAUUUGAGUUUCAAUAUUUUUCAGAAAUUUUACUACCAAAUAAUUACUAUAGAUAUAAUUCAAAUGCUGCAAUAUUUAACAAGGAUAAAUCCUUAUUAGCAGUUUAUUUAUAUGUAGAAAAACAAUUAAUUAUUUAUUCAAUACAAUAUGGAAUCAAAAAAACUUAUACCAGAAGAGAUGAAGUUGCCAAAUUCACAUCUAAAGAAUUUCAACCACUUAUUUUCAUCACCAAUUAUAAUGGAAAGCACUUGCGAAAGAAUCAUUACGAUAAAGAAUCUGGCUAUUUAAAAUUAAAACUUAAAGUAGAAAAAUUGACAUUAUCAUUUGUGGAUGAAUAUGAUUAUUUUGAAAUGUGUACCCAUUUCUUAAUAAAUUGUAAAGUAUUAGAAAAUGAUGAUUUAUUAUUAAUCACAAGACUAGGUAUAAUGAUAUUUUCAUCAAAUUUCAUUGCCAAGAAAAUUUAUUUAAAAUACUUUUGGAAUGAUUAUAUUGAACAAGAAAAGUAUUGGAUGAGACAUACAAGCAACAGCCAUUAUAUUAAAAAAAGAAUUUCCGAAGAAUUAAGAAAUCAAUUUGAUGAAUUGAAAAAAGAGUUAAUUAAACAAUUUGAUAUUAAUAGUAAAUUCAUGACUUAUCAAUUGAAAGAGGCAUUUGGUAUAAUGGUUGAUGAAUCAACUGAUAUACCUACCAGUGACAAAACAUUUGGAUAUUAUGGCGAAAUGAGAACAAGAUUCUUACAAUUAUUAGAAUUAUGCACAUACUAUUUCAUUAAUAAUUGA